CCUAGUGGAGACGUCGCUCCGCAGUGAUGGAGGCUCCUGGCCGGGGGGAGGGUGCUGUCUGCUCCCAGUGGGUUGCACCCGGUGUCCUUGCAAACAAGGAAAUAACGGGGGAGAAAGCAGCACUUCUUAACUGGGGGUGGAGCAUUGAUCCUUGUAAGGAUGAUGUCCAUUAGUAGUACCCUUAAUAGGAAAGCCCCAAAGAUUGAUGAAAUAGAAGCGCUCUCCUCCAUAUAUGGUGAUGAUUGGUGUGUUGUUGAUGAAGAUGAAAGGAUAUUUUGCAUUAAGAUCAGUGAUUGCUUGGAGCAACCAAAAUGGACUCUUUGUUUGCAGGUGAUUCUGCCUCCUGAAUACCCAACCUCAGCCCCACCAGUUUAUCAACUGAACGCUCCUUGGCUUCGAAGACAAGAUUAUAUGGAGCUGGGAAACAGCCUGGAAGAAAUAUGUGUACAGAACCUUGGUGAAAGUAUCCUUUACUUAUGGGUGGAGAAGAUAAGAGAAGUUCUGGUAGAAAAGUCUCAAUCCUCUGAUCCAGGACCAGUUAUUAAGAAAAUUACUGAAGAGAUUGAAGAGGAUUAUGAUGAUGAUGAUUUUUCCCUGGACUGUCAACUGAACCAAGAUAAUACAGUUAAAACUUUAAAUUUUAUUACACCUGAAAGCCAAGAAGGUGAAGAACUACCACGAAUUCAUCAUGGAAACCCUAUCACAGAUCGAAGGAGUACUUUCCAGGCACACUUGGCUCCAGUAGUGAGCCCCAAGCAGGUGAAAACAGUUCUGGACAAAUUGUAUGAGAAUAAGAAAAUAGAGAAUGCUACACACAACAUAUAUGCCUAUCGAAUAUACUGUGAAGAUAAGCAGACAUACUUACAGGAUUGUGAGGAUGAUGGGGAGACUGCUGCAGGCGGACGCCUCCUCCAUCUUAUGCAGAUUUUGCAUGUCCGUAAUGUUUUGGUUGUGGUAUCCCGCUGGUAUGGAGGAAUCCUGUUAGGACCAGAUCGUUUUAAACACAUCAACAAUUGUGCCAGAAAUAUACUAGUGGAAUACAACUAUACAAAUUCAGCUGAAGAAUCAUCUAAACAAUUGGGUAAGAACAGAAGAAUAAGGAAGGACAACAAGAAGAAAUCUGAACGUUAAUACAUUUUAAAAGAACCUGUUGACAGCAUUCAGUUUGCACAUAUUUUAUAAAGUCCUAC